CAAUCCUGUGCCAAUAUUGCAAAAGAAUUAAUUUUACAUAACAUUUAUCUAUCUAAAGUGGAGUUAAAAAAAGCUGCUGAAGAAUACAUGGUAGAAAGCGAAUCCGAGUUUUAUGAAAAUAUGAAUAAUAAGCAGUGGAAUAUCUAUUAUAAGAAUAAACUCACAUUACCU